CUGAUUUCAGCUGACAGGCCUAGCACUCACAUCAUCUUGUGAGGAUGUGGGCGGUCUGAUUUCCUUGGCACUGGGGCUGACUGCCCAAAUCAGUGUUAUAGAGUCACAGGAGAAACAGAAGGAACCAAAAAAGAGAAGUGGUUAGAAUGGGAUGAGGAGGAGGCAACCAGCCGGGACAGGUGUAGAAUCUUACAGGAUCAGCAGCAGACUCUACUAUGCCUCCUCAAGCAAACAAUGCCCUUGUUAAACAAACUAAUUAAUGCGAGAGCUGACAAGCCAACAAAAGAGACACUUUGAGGCAGUGUUCAUAGGGGUUAGAGAUGGAAGAAAAUCAUUCGGAAAUCUAGUCUUUCUGUCUACCAGUGCAAGAUUGUUUCCUACUGUGACAAAGGAAGACGCUGUUGAACUAAGCAAAAGGGUGAAGAGAGGAAAUAGUAUUGAAUGAGAUAACAAAAGUUUCAUAGAGAAGAAAACAAAAGGAAGAACAUUAGGGGAAAUAGGCGUAGAAAACAAAAGGAAGAAGACAGAACAUUAGAAGGUCACUUGGGAAGGAAACUUCUAUAAGGGCUGUCAGAAUGAGUGCCCAGCUGGAGGAUGUACAGGGGGAGCCACAAAGCAAGCAACUGAAUCUUUCAAGGCUGCAGACUUAAUUAUUAACCCAGCUACCACUUUCAAGGAAAAACCAGACCCCAGUGGUUUGGUGUUCGGAACUGUUUUCACAGACAACAUGCUGACAGUCGAAUGGUCUUUGACUUCAGGAUGGGAGAAACCUUAUAUUAGGCCUCUUGAGAACCUUUCAUUACAUCCAGCUUCAUCAUCUUUCCAGUAUGCUGUGGAACCAAGAGGAGAGACAGAGGAGAAUCUGGUCCCAAUGGUGUGGCUCAAUGAAUACACACUGUUUGAAGGAAUGAAGGCUUAUCGAGGAGUGGAUGGUAAAAUCCGCCUGUUCCGUCCAACGCUCAACAUGGACAGGAUGGUGCGGUCAGCGGCGCGAGCAACACUGCCAUGUUUUGACAAGGAGGAGCUAUUAGAGUGCAUCCGGAAGCUUGUGGAAGUGGAAAAAGAGUGGGUCCCGUACUCUACGUCUGCAAGCCUUUAUAUCCGCCCUACUUUAAUUGGAACAGAGCCUUCUCUUGGAAUCAAGAAGCCAACUAAAGCCCUGCUGUAUGUUAUACUGAGUCCUGUGGGCCCAUACUUUGCAAGCGGAAGCUUUAAUCCAAUAUCCUUAUGGGCAGAUCCCAAAUAUGUAAGAGCCUGGAAAGGAGGAACGGGGGACUGCAAAUUGGGAGGGAAUUAUGGUUCUUCCAUCUAUGCCCAGCGUGAAGCUAUGGAAUUAGGGUGUCAGCAGGUUCUGUGGCUGUAUGGAGAGGAUCAUCAAAUCACUGAAGUCGGAACAAUGAAUCUUUUCCUGUACUGGGAAAAUGAAGAUGGAGAAGAGGAACUGGCAACCCCACCGUUAGAUGGCAUCAUUCUUCCUGGAGUGACAAGGCAGAGCAUCUUGGAGCUGGCACGCAAGUGGGGAGAAUUUAAAGUGUCUGAGAAGUACAUCACCAUGAGUGAUCUGACAGCUGCCUUGGAGGAAAACAGAGUCAAGGAGAUGUUCGGUGCUGGGACAGCUUGUGUCGUAUGCCCUAUUUCUAAAAUAUUAUACAAAGGCAAGAAUUUGCACAUUCCAACUAUGGAGAAUGGACCUCAGUUAGCAACCCGCUUCCUGAAUCAGCUGACUGAUAUCCAAUACGGAAGAGAAGACAGCGAAUGGACACUCCUGGUGUCAUGAAUGCAGAGUGGCGGGGAUCAGACCUUCCAUACACUACCCGACAGGCCAAACCGUUACACCAGAACAAUCGCCGAUUUUCUGUAGCUGCUGUGCGUAGGGUAGUCAGUGUUCUCCCUUUCCUCCCCAGGGUGAUUGUUUCCACAUGCCAGGGAAUGUGAACACAAUCAUUAUGAUUUCUACCAUAGUCUUGCUAAUAGAAGCCUAUCUUCUUGUUAGAGAUGCUAGAUGUAAGCAAUAGAACUGUCCCAACUGUUUUCUUGGUGCCUCCUUGUGUCUUAUGUACAGUCCAAAAACUUGUCAAAUACUCUUCAACUGGUCUUCAGUGUAAGCCAUGGUGUUUUUCCAACUGCCACCACUACUGGAGAAGACUGCCAUAUAAAAAAGUUGCCCAUUAUUUAGGAGAACAGUUACUAUCUCUUAGUCCUAUUUCAUUUGCAUCCUCAGGCAAUGGAUUAUGUUUUUCUCUGUUACUCCACUUAUGUGGGAGGUUCCUCUCUGCAUUCCCAGAGCCCUGAGGAUCCCGUUUUUAAUUCUGCCAACAUCAUACCCUCACCUUUUAGGCCCCACAUCAUAGCAACCACGCCUUUAGAAUGAGGAUGAAUUGGUGGGAAAUCCCUUCAGAGCCCGGCAACAGCACUCCUAAAUCAGCUUACAAGAACUUACAAGAUACAAAGUGAUCUUUCCCCACCCAAGGCUUGACAGUGCUCCCAGCCCUGGCUGGCCCACUUGUUUCCUAAUAUGAUCUUUCUAUUUUCUGAAGAGGCCGUGGCUUUCCAGUAUGGGUUCUCCUGUAUCUUCCCCUGCUUGCCAGUGGAAAAGUGCUCAGUGCAGGAGAACAGAGGGAUUUCAUUCACUCCUUGUCAUACUGCACUACCAUGUUCCCUUACUUCUUCAUACACCACUAGACUCGUGAUACACUCUCUUGUUGCCAAGAUACAAGAUACAACUGUUAGCUCACAAUUAGGGAAAUUAAUAACUUCUGCAAAUUUUCUUUAACCCUUAAAUAUGCUACCAUCCAUAUAAGCUUUCUCAUCUAUGCACAUGCUUUUCUCAACUAGUUUUAAGAUGUCUCCUGCCAAAAAGGAACUACAGUAUUCAGUAGUAAUACUCCAAAAUGCUAGGGGCCUGAAUCUUCUGUUGCUCUGGCAUAGAACUUAUGUAACUUCAUAGCUGUCAAUGGAGUUAAACUGAUUUUAUGCAGGUGUAACAGAAUGGAGCCUCAGACCGUACAUUUUACACUAGCCAUACAGCAGUAUUUUGGGAACUAACUAGUAUUUUUUUAAUAAGGGGGGAGAGUUUCUCUCCCACACUUUCUAACUGACCCCACCUAUAACUGGCAGUUGCUACCACAAUGUAAAAUAUACUAAGCGUCAUCUCUAAUGGGCAGCCCCCUGUCUUAAGCCACCACUUAAAAUUAUCCACAGGGCUUUCUUGUACAGUAUGUGAUCAAACAUUAACCCUCAGUCUCUACUAGGUCACCAUUUUCUGCUGGUCCCGUGAGUGGUGGGUUAGACAGAUCUUGCUGCAGUCUGUUCUGAUACCUUAUUGAAGAACAGUUGAAGGUUACCGGUGACAAUUGUUCAGAGUGAGUUGUUGGAUAGUGUUCUAUUUAGAAUAUACCUACAAGCACAAAGUGCUGUUUCAUUUAUGGUAGCAGUAGUACUGUGUAUCUCUUCUACUCACAAUUUAAAUCUGUACUGUGUUCUGGUCUCUGUUCAGUUUCUUGCGAUGUAUCAUAGGCCACUGGUAGUUUAUUUAUUUUUAUUCAUCUACUGGAAAAAUUAACAUGGGGGAUACAUCGAGAUAUGAUGUGGGGUAGAGGCGUUUUUCCAACAAGGCAAGUACCACAACUGAAGAGAGCCUUUGAGUAGAGUGUGUCAUAGAGCUCAUACCAGAUUACGUCAUGAAUGAGACUAAAUGGCUUCCUGUUACUGAACCGUAACCUGAUCCCUCACGUUUAGCAUAGAUAAUUGUCUUUGACAGCAAAAGUCUAGGUGGUUCGGUUUGACUGAGGUGCCUGGGGAAUUGGAUGUGCAAUUCCCAUACUUGAGAUAUCAGUAGUAUUAAGAGAAGUUGCACAUCAAAUUCCCCAUGGACAGUACUGACAGUAAUCUACUCACAAGUCCGACUGAAGAAAUGAAUACCAGUUACAAUGAUUGAUUUAGAGUGGUUGACGCUUUAAGUGGUUGACGCCUUAAAGUCUUAUUUCAGACUACAAUAAUUUUAAGUGGGGCUCAACAUUGGCCUGUUGUAGUCUACACUGACUUUUGGGGAGACCUGAGUUAGACCUCCUGUCUUAUCUCUUCACCUCUUGUACUGAGGAGACCUCAAAUGUGCAGGGGCUAACAGAGGGCAAGAUUGGAAGAUCCACAGAAAUAUGAGCUAUUUCCUAGAGAAAAAGUGAAACCAUAUUAGAGCACUCCCAGUCGGCUAGUGUCACCUCUGUGAAUACUUUUGCUCCCUCUUGGUAAAUUCAGACAGCCUUGAUUAUUUUCAUUCAGGCUCUGGGUGAAUAGGUUCCAGGUUUUAAACAUUAUAUACUAAAUAAACCAGCAGAGUAUUUUGAUCUUUCAUGACAAGCCUGUGUGGAAAUACAUAGCCUGCAUUCUGCAUCUGUAUUAUUUUAUCCUUUUAUCAUAAAAUUCCAAGAAAUAACAUUUGUAAAUAACAGUGAGCACUUGAGAGAUACUGUGUUCUCCUUAUUUUAGCCCAUAUAGUUUAGGAAGGAACUGUGCUAUUCCCUGAGCUGAUAGACUGUAAAAGAACAUCUGUGCAUCUCUUUUCCAUGUGCGCUAUUUGUUUAAUUGUAGCAGAUUAACAUAGAAAGGGUAUGGUACAUCAUAACUAGGCAAUUAUCCAUUCUUCAUCACUUAGUUAUGGUUACACUAAUUGAUCAUUUAAGAAAUAAGAUAGUCUAACAUUAGGAACAUUUGAGGCUGUUCAGAAAAGAUCAACAAAUUAAUAAUUGUGUGAUAUUUGCAUAAUUGGCUGCAAUUAUUUAAUGUUUAAUUGGGUUGAUCAAAUGCGAUUCAGCCUCUCACAUGUGUAUGCUUUACAAACAGUGGUACUUUAAAAUGAUAAUGAUGAACUAUAAUUUUUGCAAGUUCUUUCUUUCCCCCACUUCAUUCUUUGAUUAUUAUUUUCAGCCUUGAGCAUGUUCCUAAUUUUCAGUUUAGUUUCAGCUAGUCAUCUGUUGGAAAGAAGUCCUUAAAAUGAGAUCCCAUUUCAGAGGUCCACAAAAACUGGUGUUUCAUACAAACCUUGAUGAUGCAGGAGUUGUGGAAUUAGCAGCUGUCACUGCAUUGCCAGAUUCAUAAUAGCAGUUCAGGGCAAAUUCACCCCGGGGUAACGAUGAUUUAUUCUGGUGAGAACUCUGGCAAAGGAUCCUCAGGGUAGAAAGUCCAUCCAGAGGAGGUUGUGGCAGCACAAAGCAAAUGUAAUUUCCUUGACAGGGGAGCUAGGAGGGCAGCAAGGACCAAAAAAUGGGAGAUGCUGGCCAGGGAAUAUGGUCACUGGAUGUUCUGACUCAAUAUAGUCUUCAACAGUGUCCAUGAGAAGGAUUCCCAGCAAACCCCAGCCAUAAGCUAAGUCUGCCCACCUCCCCUAGCAGAAAUCCCCGAGGGACUGCAUUGGUAAUACCACCUGCCCUUUUUCUGGAUGAAUCACCACUGGCGUGCUGGGAGAUAUAAUUGGCCCUUCCCUGCCUAAGUGCUGGUGAUUCUCUUGUCCUUAUUUUAUAUUACACCUGGAAAAUGGUAAUCUGAAAAAUAGGGCAUUUGAAAGGUAAAGGUUCAGUAUAUGCUGGUGGGAAUGAACACACAAUAGGGUGUGUCUACACUCAAGUUAGAGCUGUGAUUCCUAGCUUGAGGAGACAUACCCACGCUCGCGCUGAUAGAGCUAGCAUGCUAAAAAUAGAGUAUAAGCUGCGAUGGGGCUAGCCAUCCAAACAUGCCUAGGGUCUCAGAAGGGAUCGUACACAGGGAAGCUAGCUCCUUAAACUACUGCAGCUACACUUCUAUUUUUAGCAUGCUAGCUCAGUCAGAAUUAGCGUGGGUAUGUCUCGUUGAGCUGGGAGUCGCACCUUCAGCUUGAUGUGUAGACAUACCAAUAUGUGAAUCACCCUUCAUGUCCAAGCGACUAGCAGUGGCCAAGGCAGAAGGGGCGAGAGUUGAGAGCUAUUUCACAGAUCCGCCACUGGGGAGAAGGAGAGGAGGAACUCUUGUCCAGUGUUAUCUACAGAGCAACCUAUGUCAUCUCCUCAAAUCACUUAGCCCUUUUACUUUGCUUCAGUAUGUAACAAUGCAACGUCAUAGAGCAAAUGUUGCAGUGCCCUGUCAGAGCAUGGCACAGCGAUUGAUCUUCCAGGCCUUGCUCAGACUCCUUUUACCUCUUCAGGACCCUGCAUAUGGUGCACAGAGUAGACAGGCCCAGUAAUGAGGGGAAAGCAGCAUGCAGGUGGGUGCACUUGUAUCACCGUGUAGGUCUAUACUGCAAUAAAACAACUACAGCAAGUCUCAGAGCUGGGGUCAACUGACUCGGGCUUGUGCUCCAGGGCUAAAAAUAGCAGUGCAGAUGAUUUGACUGGAGCCUGGGCUCUGAGACCCUCCCCUGUCACCAGGUUACAGAGCCCAGGCUUCAGCCCAAACCCAAACUUCUACACUGCUAUUUUUAGCUCAAAGCGCAAGCCCCGUAAGCCUAAAUCAGCUGACCCAGACUCUGAGACUUGUUGCUGUGGAUCUUUUAUUGCAGCGUAGACACACUCGCAUUCCAGAUACCUAAAGCAGAGCUAAUACUAAUGACCUACCCAGGGAUGGGGUGGGUUCUCCAUCACUUGGAAUCUUUGAAUCAAGAUUGGAGAUGUCUUUCUAGAAAAUAUGCUGUAGCUCCGCCAGAGGUUAUGGGCUUGAUGUAGAGUUUACGGGAUGAGCUACAGCCUAUGCUAUGUAGGAGGUCAGACGAUGAUCAUAAGAGUUCUUUUUGGCCUUAACAUUUAUUUGUAAGAAGUAUGUAUUUAUAGCCUCCUUGGGCUGUCAGUGUCUGUGCUUUCAGUCAUCACCUGGGUCUUUUUCCCCAUCACCUAUUUUGCAAGUAAUGUUAGCACAGGUAGGUACCAGCUUUUUCCUUUCCCGGGGGUGCUCAACCCCUGCUCAGGGCACAGGUCCCACCCCCACUCCACCCCUUCCGCCAAACCUCUGCCUCUUCCCACCCCCUCCCCUAAACGUGCCUGGUCCCUGCUCCUCCUGCACACCGCAGAACAGCUGCUUGCGGGAGGCACUGGGAGGGAGGGGGGAAGGAGUAGAUUGGCGGAGCUGCCAGCAGACAGGAGAUGCUAUGGGGAGGGGGAGAAGUUAAUUGGUAGGGCUGCCAGUGGGUAGGAGGCACAGGGGAUAGGGAGGAACUGGCUGCUGGGGAGUGCUAAGCACCUGCUAAUUUUUUUUGUGGGUGCUCCAGCCCACGGAGUCAGUGCCUAUGAAUGUUGGGGCUAAAUUUUAGCACAGUUAGUAACUCACAUUAAUGGGGCCUUUGCAGUUAAUUCCCUACUGUGCUGGAAAGGCAAUUUCUUUAGUGCUCAAACAGAUUUCUGGUCAAGGAGUGUGGAAGUCAUUAAAGAGCAGCAGAAUGAGGAAAAAGGUGAUGGGCUUUUAUCUGCACAAUACAUUUUAUUGCAGGUGUUUUAAUCAUCCCAGUCUGCAAACUUCUUCCAAAAUAUUUUUAUUAAAGCUUUUAAAUCUGUAUUUCCUUUCAAAUGGGCAGCCUCUAGACAAGAAUGUGCAGGGCAUUCCAUUAAUUCAAAUUCUAUUAAACAUAAUGAACAAAAACAGCUUUAGUCUAAAUAAUAAGUCUGGAGUCUCAUGGCCUUCAUGAAAUGCAAAAUACACUGCUGAUUUCUGAUUUCUUUCCAUGUAUCUAACCAAAUUAUAACUGAAAGCCAAGUAGGCUAUUAAUACCUGGAGCAUAACACAAAAGCCUAGCCAAAAACUUUGAGUUCUUUGAUCCUAUUUGCAAAGUGGGGCACCUAUUAGAGAGGAGAGGAGUUUGAGCAAAGGCUGAGGAGCCACGUACUCCAGAGUUUCAGUUCUGGCUCUGACAUUGACUCUGUGAUCAUGGGCAAGUCAUCUAGACUCUCUUUGACUCCACUUGCCUACCUGCAAAAUGGAAAUAUUGCAACCGAACUCACAGGUGUCAUGAGGAAUAAAUACCCAGUGAUCUCAUAUUUUUGACCUGGGGGACAUGGGAGAAAUCUUAAACAGUCUGCCCUGUUAUGAGCACAGAAGCAUAAGCCAACUACUAGCUGCUGGAACCUAGGUAGACAUUUCCCCAUAUAGGAAGGUUAUCCCAUAGCUGUCUACCACAGGGUUCCUUGCACCUUUCUCUAAAGCAUCUUGUACUGGUCACAGAGACAGGAUACUGGAGUAGAGGGAGCACUGAUCUGAUGAUCUAGUAUGGCAAUUCCUAUGCCUGUCCAUCCAGGAGGUGGACACAGUCUGUCCUUUUACUCCCCUGAAUGGAAAAAUUAAACCAGGCUAAUGCUGCCAGCAAUAGCCUCCCUUAAAGACCCUGGCCAACAAAGCGGGUCCUCCUUGGAGCAAGGAGAAGGAGGAUGAAUAAUCCUCAUCCAGGAGUCUUGCUGGGGAGAUGUGUAUUGUCACCAUCCUCUAGCCAUCAGCUCUCCUAUAAUCCAAAAACUGAACUGUGUGUUUGCAAAGCACUUUGAGGACAAGCAUUGUGUGCAAAUGCAAAGUAUUAAUAUAAUUAUUACUACUUAUGUGGCUCGUAGGAUUCAAUCCAGCCUUUAACAAAACAGAAUUUAUUUUGCUACAGGUAAAAUCUCUUCUGUUAAUCUAAUUCACUUCAAGAAAUCUGUUUAAGCAGCACAGAUAGAUGCCAGGCGCAGAGCCAGCAUUUGAAGCAUCCCUUCCUGAUUAGUUGCAACAUCUUGAUUAUACAGAAGAAAAAUGUUAUAUAUAGACACACACUUUUUGUAUGAUAUUUCUUAUUUUUAAGGUUUCCUGCAGUAGGACCAUAAUCCUUCAAAAUGCAUAGCUCAGUUCCAAGUUUAAAACUGCAGCUGGCACACAGUACAGACUUGACAAGAGCACUGCUCACUGAUCAGAGGUAAAUUUAAUUUUUACGUUUGUCAAAAUAAAAUCAAGGGCAUAGGAGCAACUUCAUCCAGCAUGCUUCUAAACCCCUGUGUAUUAGAAGUCCACCCUAUCCCAUAUUAGAACUGUGCCUUAUAACAUAACAUUCAAAUCACCCUGUGGGAUCCAUCCUACUAAGGUGCUGAGUGCUCUUGACUUCAGAAAGUUGCAGUUGAGAAUUAUUAGAGUGCUGUGUUUUAUCCAAUUCUACAGAAAUACAUUUUGUCCUGAAGCCCAAGAUUGUGCAAAGAAUAACUGAGAUUUUCUAAAAUACCUCCUAAUGGUAAGAUAAUGUUACUUCUUGCUUAAUUUAGGUAGCUGGAUUGUUAUUCAUAAUGGAGGAGGAAGAUACUGACAUUGCAUUGGUUAAGAAACAUCAGAAUCAUCCUACCUAUUCCUUUGUUAAACAUGGUGGUUAUUAGCCUAGGUGCCAAUAUAUUUUCCCUGAUCAGGAUGGAAAAAUCUGACAACUGCAUUAGCCAAACCAUGCUAUAGGUGUCCAAUUCCACAGAUGGGGACUUGAUUCUCCAUUGCCCUUGUGCAUUUACACCAGUGCAAAGUAGGUGUAAAAAUGCUAGCAAAUCAUACUGGUCAUGCUUUUGGGCUGUGGCACAAUUGCAAAAAAACCUCUGUCCCCAUGGGCUAGAGAACUAUGCCAGUACCCUACUAGCACCAGGCAUGUUGGAAACACUCUGCUGUUGCCAGUGUGGAUAGACCCAUGUGACUCUCCUUUAAUCCAAAGGAAGAUCUAUGUUGAAAUACACAAAAUAAAUCCCCCUGCCCAAAAAAAAGGAUAGAAAGGCUCAAUAGAUGAAGGAUAGAAAGAAUCAAUGUUUUUUGGGAUAUGUUUAUUCUGGGUUUGCUCAUUUAAAAAAUGUGAUUUUAAAAACCAGACACAAUCAGUCACUUUUUACGUGAAUUAUUAAGGCCAAGAUAUUAAAAUUGGACCCUACCAGUCAAUAGGAGCUGCUGAGUGCUAAGCACUUAUGAAAAUUUGGCCAUUUUUUCAGGAGCGCAGAUAAGGAUUCAGGAGUCUAAGUUUUGUAAGGUUUUUUUGCCUAAAUGUUUAGAAUUGCAGGCUGGGUGAGGUUAUUGUAAGAAAAGAGACUAAGACUUUGAAGAAGAAAUUAACCAUGAUUUACAAAUAACUUUACAAUUCUUUGUAAUAACCCCCAUGGGGAAUCGCUUAUGUUAAUGACCAACUAUGUCUGUGGAAAAAUAUUAGGUAAAAUAUGUUGUCUUUCCAUCCAUACAAUAGUUAGUUCUCUUGGUACAUUUAAGUCUGGUUUAGAACCUGAUCCUGCCAGGUGCUUAGAAGUUGUCUUAAGUGGGAGCUGAUGGUGCUCAGCAGCUAUCGGAGGCACUUGCCAUCCAGCAGGAUUAGACAGACUCAAUGGGUCAUCAAAUCUAUUACAUCUGGCAUAAUUGUAAAAGUGAGAUAAGAAAAAGAGCUUUUGAUAACUUUCUAUUCAGGAAUAUUUACAAACUUUUGAUUUUUUUUUAAAUAUACAUGGAUUUAAAAAUAAUUUGGUUUAAAUUGUUUUUAAAAAAUUCCCAACAACCUCAAAUCCAUCCAGAAGAAAAGCAAGCAACUGCUGUGACACUUCCUUAAGGUACCUAGGACUCUGAGUCACAUUGGUACCCUGCUGAAUCCAGCUUGAGGAAGUCUUUCUUAUGGUAGCUGGCUGUCAGCUCCCUGUCACUGCCAGCCCUUCAGCCACUCAAACACUCUCCUCUGGGCUCUGCCGGUCCUUACUUUGCCUUGCAGGUUAACAAUAGGUACAUCCCAGUCCCCAAGCCACUCCAAAAGCAUCCCCCCCGCCGUAGUGUUCAGCCCCCGUCACUGCACACUCUCUGUAAUUACGAGGGUUGCAACUCCCAAGGCAAUAGAACACAAAUACCAUCUCAUUUGAUUCAGCUGAGUACCAGCUCCAGUCUAAGAACACAGCACUGUAAUCAAUUAAUACUCAAAACAAAUAUAAAUGUAUUAAUAAAGGUGGAGAUUUAGAAGAUAGUGAGGAAUGGUAAUAAGAGCCAAAAGUUACAAAUAAAAGUAUAACAGACGUCUGUUAGAUUAAAAUUUAACUUUAGCAGACUACAAUCCUUUGUCUAAAAUAGUCUCUCACCUAAGCUAUUUCUGCAGAACUUGCUGGUUUCAGUCAAACCAGGAUCCAAAACAUUCAUGAAUCACCCGCCCUCCCCCACCAAGGGUGUUCCUUAGUGAAAUGGAUAACAAUGGGGUCCUUUUUCCUUUCUCUUAUACCUCAGAAUUUAUCUUUGCACUCCUGAGACAAGACAACCCCUGGUGGUUCUAGUCUUUGGUGUCUCCCCAUGUUGACAUCACAUCCUCGCGUUGAUUUAGAAUACAAAUGUAGCUCCCAUUGUGUUUGGCUUCCAAUGAUUUUCAGUCAAUACUAAGUGCUAGUGGGAGGUGCCAGGGUGAAGCCUUCUAUCCACAGAACAGGUACAGCAAGGGCAGUGACAGUAUAACCUUCUCCUAUAGUGCUCCACCACAGUACCUCAGUCAUGUUCUGGGGUCCGCAUAGUAUUUCUAAUCCCAUUCAGCCCUUAGAGCAAGACUGCCAAUUAGUGCCAAAUAUUGGAGUGAUGAUUUAUGAUGUGAAUCACUAUUUGGGAAAGUGCUUAUCACAAGCUUAAGUGCUUAAAGUUAUGCACAUGCUUUCCUGAAUCGGAGCCUAACAGCUUGACUGAGACCAGCAAUUCACUUCAUAUAGCUCACCAAACAGCAAAAAAAUGUUAGGUGCUAGAGUCAAGCCAACCAUGUAAGAUGAAAGGUUCCAUAUCUUUUCAAAUCCAACUCCCACAAAACCUUUCUAUCAUAUCAUGUGCCCCUAGCUGGCUAGGGCUCGUGAUAGGAGGAGAAUUAGGUAAUUGUUAACUAUUAUCAUCCUUCAAUUUAAGAUGUUGCCAAGAAAUUAAUCUCUUUCUUCUCCAUCCUUCACCUUCUAGUAGGGUUGCCGCUGCUGCAGUAUAAAUUGACUGGAUACUGAAGGGUCUUUAUCAUGAUGAGGAAUAAUACGGUUUUUAUAUGAAAUUAUAUUAAAGCAUUUUCAUUAGAGUGGUAUGUUUGGGUCAACGAAUGCCUCAGUCUAAUCAGUUUCUGAAUUGGUUAUUAAUGUACUGUAGAAAUACUUGGAAUUCCGGCGUUUUAAGUAGGAGAAAUUGUCAACUUAAACAGGGAGAAAUAAACACCUCUGAAGAGUCUCUGCUUUCAUAAAUGUUCAAGUUAACAGGAUAUUUUACCAAGAUCUGAGCAUAUAAAAGUAUUAAAGGAACAGAUGUGUGGGAAAAAAUAUUGGAUAAAGUAAAGGAAACUCUACCUCAUCCUUCUGUAAAGAUUUUGUAGAAGCACAAUUAAACACUCCUAAUGGCAUUGUUAUACACAAACCAUCUGGCAUGAAAGAAACACUUUAUAUUUGUAUGUCUAAACUUCCUGUUAUAACUGUAUUUUGCUGGCAAUAGAAGCAGUCUAUAUUGUUUGCAGUUUCCUCAUCAGAUCUGUAAUUAUGCAGUGUUUCUGUUUUCAAUAAAGGAAUUUAAUGGA